AUGACUCUCCGCGACGGGAUGGAGAACGCUGUCAUCCCAGGCUAUGAUAAUUGGGGUUCGAAUACGCAUAGUGCCAUGCUAUGGAUAGUACUAAAGUGUGCCGGGCCUUCCCCUAUGCUCCUGCUUCUCCAUAGUAUCUCUCAACGCCAAUUUCGAAAGAUUAACGUUCAUGCAGCUGCGAGAAUUAUUCAGCACAUGGUACAGAAUCGAAACCAGCUAUUUUGCGCGCCUCUUGAAGAGCAAUUUCGCGACCUUUCGUCUGCUCUCAUGAAGAGAGACGAAGCUUUCCCCCUAGGCACACAGAAAAUGAAGUGCAUGGAAGUCCAACGGUAG